AUGUUAAAAAACUUUUUAGUAAACACACUGCCUACACGGCUUCCCGAAAAUUAUGAAAUAUCUCAGCCUAUUCUUCCGUUACUUCAGCUAGAAAUAGAAGGCCGCGUACUCAAAGCAAAUAGCGUAAUUAACGAAUUUUAUGAAGCUCAGGAUGCCAUCGAAGAAGAAGGCAAAGGCGAAGACGAUGUAGAGGAAUUAAAAAACCGUGAGGAAUUCGAAAAUGAAUUUUUCGCAGUUAUGGCUCAUGCACAAGAAAUAUUAACACGCGGACAAGCAAGGGAACCUGUAAAUCAAAAUAUUCAAUCGCAACAUAACGAUACAGGUAUGAUUUCACGGUUUCAGGCUUCCGUUGUCUCGCCCAAGCCUCUCGGCGUAAAGUUGCCUACUAUUGCGCUGCCAAAGUUCAACGGUGAAUUUGAGUCCUGGUUAGGAUUCCGUGAUACCUUCAAAUCUCUGAUACACGAUAACCGUUCAAUUGGAGACGUACAGAAAUUCCACUAUUUAAAGGCAUCAGUGGUGGGCGAGGCCGAGGAGGUUAUAGGCCUUCCCGAUUUGACUAGCUUUUUAAGGGAUCGCGCUCAAAUUGUAAAAAAUACAGAAUCGCAAUCUAAAUCGGAUAGUAAAGACAUUAAAAUUGCAAAGGUUGCGACGGGCAAGUCCAAAUCUUUUCACUCUCAAAAGGCCGAAUGCGCAAUAUGUAAGGGAGAGCAUUACAUACAGAACUGCAACACCUUUCUCGAACUUACACCUUUAGAAAGAUCCAAUAAGGCUAAAUCUGCCAAGAUCUGUCUCAACUGUCUAAGAAAGGGACACGCGAUUAAAGAUUGUUCUUCAGGCUCCUGCAAAAAAUGCAACGCGAAACAUGACACAUUGCUGCACUUUAACAAAAUUGAAAAUACCGAUUCGGGCAUGGCUACUAAAUCUAUGUGUGCGUCAUCUCGUAAUAAUGUCAAUAUCGUCUUAGCUACAGCUCUAGUAAUGUACAAAGGACCCAGUGGAUCUGCGCAAAUAAAUUGUCUAGUAUUAGAUGAAAUAGCACAGCAAAUGCCGGCUGAACACAUUGAAUUGCAGCAUUUAAAAUUUCCGAAACAUUUACCUUUAGCAGACCCCUCGUUUCACAUACCCAACAGGGUCGAUAUUCUGAUCGGUGGCGAAUGGUUUUGGAGGUUGUUAUGCAUAGGGCAAAUUGAAAUCAAUAAACAAGGUUUAGUUUUACAAAAAACCAAAUUAGGUUGGAUAGUGGGCGGCCCCACCUUCUCUCAAGUUCCUAAGUCGAUAAAAUGCAAUUUAAGCAAUGUUAAAUUGUCCAGAACCAUUGACACGCAAUUAAGAAAAUUUUGGGAACUUGAAGCGAUCGACGACAAGGUGCAUACAAGCCAAGAAGAAACCAGUUGCGAGCAACACUUUAUUCAAACUCACAUGCGGAACAUAAACGGGCGUUUUAUAGUAUCAAUUCCAUUAAAAAUAGAUCCAAAACAACUCGGAGAAUCGCGAAGCGUCGCAAUACGGCGAUUAAUUUCAUUAGAAAAACGGUUUCUAAAGGACAAAACCUUUAAGGCAAACUAUUGCGCGUUCAUGCGGGAAUACGAGGAACUUGGUCACAUGACCAAUAUUCAGGAAACAUCGCAUUAUCACCCUACGUUUUACAUGCCGCACCACGGUGUACCUCGGCCAGCCAGUGCAUCAACCAAACUGCGCGUGGUCUUUGACGGUUCAUCGAGAUCAGACAGCGGAUUAUCGUUGAAUGACUGUCAAUACGUAGGUCCGGUCGUGCAAGAGGAGCUCUUCUCCAUACUCAUCCGCUUUAGACAAUACCCGUAUGUUGUAUGCGCUGAUCUACAGAAAAUGUAUCACCCAAGAGAGGAGAUAAAGAUUUACGAACUGAACACGUUAACUUACGGCACAUCGUCGGCAUCUUACUUGGCCAUUCGGUCGCUCAUACAACUCGCAAAUGAGUGUGAACAAUCCCUGCCUGGCGUCGCCAGGAUCAUUCGUUCUGAUUUUUACGUCGAUGAUUUGCUGACUGGUUUCAAUGAAAUUGAAGAAGCAAAGGCAGUCAUUCAAAAUUUGCGCGACGUGUUACUUUCAGGUUGCCUGCCAUUAGCAAAAUGGGCUUCUAACGAACCUUCAAUCAUAUCAAAUGUUCUAGGCAAGGAAGACAAAUUGUCUAUAAUCCCGCUGGGUGAAAACAAUACGCACAAAACGCUAGGAUUGCAUGGGCGGAUAGAUAGCGAUCAUCUUACGUUUUCGAUAAACCUUUCUAAGCAGUUCAAAGUCACAAAACGAGGCAUCCUUUCGGAAACUUCUCAAAUAUACGAUCCUCUAGGUGUGUUGGCUUCUUGCAUAAUUCUGGCUAAAAUCAUUCUGCAAAAGCUGUGGUUGGCAAAAACCGAAUGGGAUGAGUCCCUGCCAUCGGGCAUUCAUUCCCAAUGGCUUGAAUAUCACGCGAUCAGUUGGCGUGCCUGA